AUGCAGCAGCAGAUACAGCAGCAGAUGCAGGUGCAGCAGCAGAUGCAGAUGCAGCAGCAGGUGCAGACCACUGCCCGACCUACACAGUCCAUUGAGUCCUACUAUGAGCGAUUCCGUAGGCUCAACCCACCUAUGUUUGAUGGUGGAGCUGACCCUCUGGUUGUUGAGACAUGGAUUCGGGAGGUAGAGAAGAUGUUCAAAGCCUUGCAAUAUCCCGAAGAAGUGAAGGUCAGAUUGGCUAUCCCUAUGCUAAAAGGAAAUGCAGAGUUCUGGUGGAUGGCCAUUGAAGCUGCACUCGAGGGUGAGGACAAGCUACCGACAUGGGAGGAAUUCAAGAAAAUGUUUUAUGACCAGCAGACAGAUGAUAUGACUGUGCUAGAAUAUGCCAACAAAUUUACUAAGCUGGGUCGGUUCUGCCCUCAGAUGAUAGAGAUUGAGAGAAGCAAGGCUAAUAGAUUUGAGCAAGGCUUGAGGGACGAAAUUCGAUCCCGAUUGUCAGUUCUGAUUUUUACUAGCUAUGGAGAGGCCCUGGAGAGAGCACUGAAGGUAGAAGCAGAUCUGAAGAAAUCAGGGAAGGAAAGAGGUGAGUAG